AUGGGCAACGCAGGUUGCUGUUCCAGCAGUGAUGGGCGACCUGCCUACGAAGCCUUGUCCACAGUUGCAUCAAGCGUCACAGGACGCAAGAAAGCCCUGCUCGUUGGUCUCAAUUACCGCAACACGCGCGCGGAGCUGCACGGGUGCAUCAACGAUGUGAACAACAUGCAGCAAGUCCUGGUAAAGCAGUACGGUUUCAAGAUUGAAGACAUCCUGAUGCUGAACGAGGAUCAGGACAAGAGCCAAUGGCCAUACAAGAAAGUCAUCCUAGAGGGCAUGCAGUGGCUUUACAAGGAUGCAGGCAGCGGAGAUUUGUUGUUUUUCCACUACAGCGGUCACGGUUCACAGUAUUCGGUGGACAAGAAAGCUAUGCCAGCCGACUGCAUCUGCCCCCUGGAUUGCCUUGACAAGGCAUGGCCAGAAGCAGUCAUCCUCGACACGGAGAUUCACGACAAGCUCUACGAUCCGCUUCCAAAGGGUUGCAAGGCUGUCUGUGUUUUUGACUGCUGCCACUCGGCCACGGUGGCAAACCUUUGUGAGACGAUGGUCGUCAAGGAAGGGCCCCUCACUGCGGCCAAGAAAGAGAAGUUGGUGAAGCAACUAACCCGACAGAAGGAUGAUGUGGCUGCCAAGGUGCGCUUCUACCGAGAGGUCAAUUCCGGCAAACUGGACAUCAAGAAGAAGAGUCGGGAAGAGAUGAUCCAGUUGCUGGAGAAGCACGAGUACCCUAAAAGAGGGGCUUACUUCGAGGAUGAGCAAGCGAACUACAACUACCUCAUGGGCUUGUCCAUCUCCACGCUCUUCAACGACUCCGUGAAGAAAGCUGAGGAUCUCUUAGACGCAAAGACGAAGGCACUUCAACAUGUACAAAGUUUGAAGCCCGGUGAAGGCGCCAAGAUCUAUGUGGGGAACCUCGAGCAGGAUGAGCAGACUGCCUUUUCCAAGAGCCAUUCCAACAAUGAUAUCCGCUUGCGAUAUCUCCCGCAACCAGAAAUGGAGCAGGAUGAAGAGGCCGCACCGGCCAAGCCUCUCGGCCAGGGCCUGCGGGGUGCACUCAGGAAGGCCAAAUAUCAAGACCAUGAGCUUUGGAUCUUCUCUGGCUGUCAGGACGAUCAGACAAGCGCUGAUGCACACGUGGAUGGAAUCUACCAAGGAGCCUUCACCUGGGCGCUCAUCAAGGCCUUGAAGACCGAUGCUUUCAUGGAAUCCUACAGCAACCUGCUUAUCCAGAUCAAGGCAAAUUUGGAGAGUGGCAACUACAAGCAGGUCCCAGCUCUGUCCACGACACACAAGAUGUACCUGGACUUCGGUUUUCUUGGCAGACUCAAGGAGGAAGUCAGACCUCACACUUCUGCUCGGGAUGGCUCGAAGAUGGUGUUGCCCUGCAGCCGCGACAGCAUCGUGGCGGCGUCGGCAGGUGCUCUCCUGGGUCUUGUCUGCAUCUCUGCAUCCUCCUGGCAAUUCGACUCGGGCUUCUGGGAUGCUCCUUACGCGGAAGCUCAGCAGGACAUCCAAGACAUCCGUGCCGCGCAGGUUGCCGCGCCGGCUGUGCCAUGUGCCAGUGGGUCGGCAGAGUCUCCACAGGCACCGUGCACUGCACCGACAAAGACACCAGCUAGCAUUCGGGAAGAGGUUUGCGUGGCUGACCAACUCGCGCGUCCACCACCAGUCGUGUACGGAACCAGCGGAACCUGGAUGGAGGUGUCUUUCCUUAAUGGCGACCUCACAGGCAGAGGCUACAAGACGAAUCCGAUGUGCAAAAAGCCUUGGACAAGCGAUGUGGUUGGGCGACCAAUCAUUGACACCACGGCCACGCUUGUGCAGCGAGCUAUUCGCGUAGGCCACCCGAAGAACGGCAUGCUGAAUCCCAAGAGCGAUGUGGUGAUUCCGAGGCCAUGUGCGCGCCCAGUGCCGAAGAUAUUACACUUCAUUUGGUUGUGUUCGCCGCUCUCUGAGACUCGAGCUAGACACGUUCAAGGAUUUGCAAUCAAGAAUCCCAACUACCGCAUCUUAUUCUGGACUGACACGGAGAUCCCACCUCUUUCGAAGAUGAUCCUCGAGAAUGGAACAUCUGCACGCCCAGCCGGUGCCAUCGAAAGAAAGGAUGCAUACUUGGAGGCGGAGUCCUUCCAAUCGCUCCGCGUGAUCCGGCAUCUGGACACCUUUCACGAGAAUAACCGGAAUCCAGGUGUCUGUGCCCUGAAGUCUCAUUUCUGGCGACUUGAGGCACCAUUGAAGUACGGUGGCAUCUACAUUGACAUGGACCACGUGGCAACUCGCGGCUUUGAUGAAGUCGGAGGUGAGCUCUGGCGGUGGCCCUUCGUUACACACAAGGUAUGCGGUGCCAAUAUUGGCAAUCACAUCUUCAGUGGCGACAAAGGCUCCGGAUUCUUGGAUUUUGCCAUCAAAGUCAUCAUGGAGCGUUGCGAGAAGCUGAGCUCCUGCAAUGUUCUGGAAGGCACGGGGCCGCCACCCUUCGCAAUGAGCGUUUUGCGGUACAAUGCCUCUGACAUGGCUUUCAUUGGACCAGUUCUUCGGCCGCACUGGCAUAGCCUCGCACAAGGCGGAGCACUCGUGGAGGUGAGAUGCAGGCUGGCCAGUACCGCUCUGGGCACCCGACACCAGAUCAGUGGGAAGAGUGCGGUGAUGGCUCGUGGCCGACCUCGUGAUGCUAUUUCAGUGGACGUCGUGGUCUUGCCGGCUGCGACAACGCAUGCUCUGACAGUACUGCAGCGCAAUGCGGCGGGAGAGUUGCUGGAGAAGACCGCGCACUUUUUGGAGGCAAGGGAGACAGGCAAUCCUCAAGAUGCGACGCACCAGGUGUCAAAGGAUUUUGCCGAUUGGUGGUGUAGUGGUCAGAAGAACACCAAAAAACUUGCUAUCGCAGAGACUGGCACGCUGGAGGUUCUUUACGAGCAUAUCGCCAAGAUGUACGAGCUGGGGGCGCCCCUUACGCUAGGAGAGAGGCGAACCGAGCAGUUCAGUUUCUUCCAGGACAUCGAAAUCCGUGGCAGCAAGGACAAUAAGAUCGACUACAGGGACAUUGCUGGUCCAGACAGUGCAUUCCUCCGCCUUCUAGGACGCAUCAUGGCAGAGCUUUACCCGAAGCAGCAGUUACAGGUCAUCGUCCUGGAUGCCUCGGGACACAGCAACAAGCUCGGCGUGGAACAGACAGCUGUGCGCCUGGUGUGGCAACUUACUGGCUCGAGUGGCGGGCAGAACAUUGUUGUCAAUUCCGAGAUUGCUUUUCGGAUCGUCGACUACAUGGUGCUGAAAGCCAACGAAUCGACAGACCAGAGCAUCAAGGAAAUCCUCCGAAGAGCUUCUACACUUUCGAAUGUAAAUACAUGGAAGAACAUCUUUGUCAGCGACGAGAGUUAUGGCGGCAAGAGGUCCAUCAUCCGGAUGACCUUGAACGACGAGGUCUGCGACCCUCCGAUGCUCAGGCCAGAGAAGCGGCCUCUUAAGCCCGUCUUCAUCCAUCGGUUCUCCAGGGAAGAGAAUGCGCAGGACUUGAAAACGGAGCCGGUUUGGUCAUGUGAUGAAGGCGAACUGGGCUCGGCGGAGUAUGCAAAGUUUGUGGAGAGGACGGCCAUUCGUCAGGCAACCGGCACACCGACGACAGACUGGGUGGCUCCAUCGUACAAGGGUGAGACGCGUUCAGUGCAGCGCUUCCAGGACACGAGCGCUGCUCCAGCUCGUCAAGGUGGACAAAUCAAGUUUCGAUCGGUGGCUGGCAGCCCCGACUAUGGCGAGAAGAAGCCUAGCAAAGGCCCUGGUCCAGGUCGCUCUGAGGAGCCAAUGAAGAACUUGGAGCGCUCGUAUCCUGGAGACAUGCAGGAGUUCAAGUCCGAGAUCGAGCGGGCUUUGACUGGGCAGGAUGGGACCACUGAAGUUGACUAUGAGAAGGAGACAGUGACUUGGUCCAGCAGCAAGGGUGCCACGAUCGUGUUCAGGCACGCGAACCACAAGGUGCACAUCACUGCGAAGGAGGGUCUAUGCCGAGUGUACCUGAAUGCCUGCACAUUUUUGCAAGCGGCGAGCCAAGGCUCGACCGAUUCUGCCAUGGAGCGGGGCUCCACCCGGGCCGCUACCAGCAUUCGCCUCGGAGGCACCAAUGGUUACGCCAGUUCUAGGGCGCCCAGCCAAGUCUAUGCGCCCUCCGCAGUUCGCAGUGUAGCGGGCUUCUCGAAACCAAUGAGCUUGGCUGGUGGCCAAAGCAACGUACCCGGGCGAUCUGCCGCGGGGAGAAGCGCUGACAAGCCGAAGGUCCCUUACACUCGCGUGGUGUCCAUUGACUUCCACGCGGAGACUUCAGGUGAGAUGGAUCUCAAGAUCGGCGAAAUGAUUGAGGUGGUCGAGGAUGAUGACGGCAAUGCCUUUGACAGAUGGGUCAUGGGCAAAAACAUCAAGACGCAAGUGCUGGGAUGGCUUCCCCUGAGCCACACGCGAGCGGUGGAUCAGGAUGCUUGA